CUUUGAAACCUAAAACCCUGUAAAACCUAAGAUCUCCAAAAGAUAUCAUAGAUCAUCUACGGCCAAUCUCCACCGUCGCUUUCCGCCACCGGCAGAUUCCGGCAGGUCAUUGGCUUGCUGAAACAGAUACUAUAUCCCGCUUGCGAGUAGGAGAUGACAUAUCUGUGAUAAACUCGGUACUUGGUUUCAGGAAUAGGGUAAUAGGCUAAGUUGGAUAUCUAAAGAUGAGCUUGGUUUUGAGAUUAAGGCAACAUUUAUCAAUUGGGUUUUAUCAGAAAUCCUAUACACCUGGAGCUAUAUACUUCAAUUCGUUAGUUGGGGGUUCGCGGAAAUACAGUCAACCGGCAAGGAAAGAUGAGGAGGAAGAGGAAGAAAUCGACCCAAGGAGACUCCCAACCGAUUAUGAUCCAGCAACUUUUGAUCCAACAGAGCACCGUAGUCCUCCCACAGAGCGUGUGUUCAGACUCGUAGACGAGGUUUCAUCCCUCACGCUGUCUGAAAUCGCAGAACUUGGUACAAUUAUAAUGAAGAAAAAGGGUAUGACAGAGCCACCUACUGUCGGUGUCAUGAAGCCAGGGGCAGCUGCUGGGAUGGCAGGCAUGGUUGCCAAGGGCCAAGCUGGUGGAGGAGCUGCCAAGGAGGAGAAAAAGGCAGAGAAGACCGUGUUUGAGAUUAAAUUGGAAUCAUAUGAGGCAUCUGCUAAAAUCAAGAUUAUCAAGGAGGUUAGGAGUUUCACUGAUUUGGGUCUUAAGGAAGCCAAGGAUUUGGUGGAAAAGACUCCGUCGAUUUUGAAGAAGGGAGUGUCUAAAGAAGAAGGUGAGCAGAUUAUCGAGAAGAUGAAAGCCCUUGGUGCCAAAGUUGUUCUGGAGUGAAGGAAACACAGGUAGUCAUUUGUUUCUUCUUUGGCAUGUUUGCAGACUAUUUGUCUUUCCGGGACAUAGUAUUUAGGCCAUUGUAGUACCAAGUUUCCGGGUUUGGGUUGGUUUUACUCUUCAGCAUUAUGGUUUCUGAGCUUCUUUUGGCUGAGUCCUGGUCGAGGAAUUGAAAAUAGUUUUCUCGAUAGAUAAUCAAUGGCGGGACAAUGGAACAAUGGUUAUCUCUUUUUCUUUACAGUGUUGUCUCCAACCUUGGAUUAGACUCUGAACAAAAAGAGGGAAUGUUGUUGAAUACCUGCUUUGACAUGAAAGUUUGCCUCUAUGAUUCUAUCCAUGCAGAUUCAUUCCA